UCCAUAGCGCCAGGCAGAGGCCAUAAGUGAGUGAAGUGGGCAGUGGGGCCUGUGGCAUGCAGGAAGGUGGGCCCCGGAGCGCCUCGUUUUCUGGAAAAAGCCCAAAAUGGGUAUUUUAGAUGAAAUCUCUCAAUCUUUACCUGUUGGCAGCUCACUGAAUUUCAAUCCAGAUGGAAAGUAACACUACUGCCUCAGCCAUACAAAUGCAUCGGGAGGUCAGAUUCCCAGUGUGAGCUCCUGCUCUGAAGCCAGAGGUCUUGGGUUCAAACAUCCAACUCUGUUGUCUCCUAGCUGUGUGGCUGGGCAAGUGGCCUAACAUCUCUGUGCCUCAGUUUCCUCAUCUGUAAAAUGGAGAUAAAAAUCAUAUCUGCCCCCAAGGGUUAUUUAAGGUUUCAGUGGGUUUGUGUGUAGGAUGCGUGGAACAGUAUAAGGUAAUGAGCACUCGGGACGUGUUACUGUUAUUGCAUCCUGCCAAGAGACUCGUACAGCGUGAGACUUAUUUAAACCUUGCAACAAUCCAAGUGUGUAGGGAUCACUCAGAGACCCACUUUCAUGAUGAGGGAAGGGGUUCAGUCAGGUGAGGUGAUUUGCCUUGACUCAUGCAACAAGCUGGUGGCAUAGCCCUGGAACCCAGAGCUCUUACUCACUGCCUCCGUUGUCUCUGCCUACUGUACCUCUCGUAGCCUGGGCCUGGCUGUAUGAUGGGCUGGGAUGGAGGGCAUACCUGCCCUUCCCUGGCCCAGUCAGCUGCCCACCUGCCUAGGGCCUGGGCACUGACUCCCACUGGGUACCCUCUUCCCCCAGAGUUGGAGAUGGCCAAGGCCCGGAACCAACUGGAUGCUGUUCUGCAGUGUCUGCUGGAGAAGAGCCACAUGGACAGGGAGCAUCUGGAUGAGGAAGCUGGGAAGACCCCCUCAGAUACCCACAAUAAGGACUGCUCCAUGGCGGCCACUGGCAAACGGCCAUCCGCCCGCUUCCCCCACCAGCGGCGGAAGAAGAGGAGGGAGAUGGAUGACGGGCUGGCGGAGGGAGGGCUGCAGCGAUCCAACACGUAUGUGAUCAAGCUGUUUGACCGGAGUGUGGACUUGGCCCAGUUCAGUGAGAACACGCCGCUGUAUCCUAUUUGCCGUGCCUGGAUGCGCAACAGCCCCUCAGUGCGUGAGCGUGAACGCUCACCCAGCUCACCGCUGCCUCCGCUGCCUGAGGAUGAGGAGGGAUCAGAGGUCACCAACAGCAAGUGUCGUGACGUGUACAAGCUGCCUCCACCCACAGCCCCUGGGCCACCUGGAGAUGCCUGCAGGUCCCGCAUUCCAUCCCCACUGCAGCCCGAGACCCAGGGUACCCCUGAUGAUGAGGUGGGUAUGCAAGGUUGGGGGGGGCACACAUGGCCUCGGGGCACAGCCACCCAGUCUAGCCUCUGUCCCCACAGCCCUCCGAGCCUGAGCCUUCACCCUCCACACUCAUCUACCUCAACAUGCAGCGUUGGAAACGCAUCCGCCAGAGGUGGAAGGAGGCAUCUCAUCGGAACCAGCUCCGUUAUUCAGAAAGCAUGAAGAUCCUAAGGGAGAUGUAUGACCGACAGUGAAAUACCCGUCCCCCCACCCCAAUAAACAUCUCCCUCCUCCA